GCCGCCGCCCGCGGGGUCAUGAGGCGGCCGCACGGCAGCGCGGCGCGGGCCCGCGGGGCUGCAGCAUGAGCGGCUCCUGCCUGGGGCUCCGCAAGGCCUGCUUCCUGCUGUCCGUCAGCGCCGCCGCGCUCCUGCUGCUGCUGCUGCCUCGGGGGCAGCCCCCCGCCGCGCCCCGCCGCCGCCCGCUGCCUGCCGCCGGGCCUAGCAGGCCCCCGCCGCGGCGGGCGGGCCCCGGGGGCAGCGGCGGGCCCGGCACGCGGGCAGGCUCUCGCGGGGGGCCGGGGACCGAGGCUGGGGCGGGAGGCGGGGGCGAGGGCCUCGUCGUCAGCCCGGCGCCCCCGCGGAAUGGCCGCUUUGGCCCUGCGGCCGGCGCGGCGAGGGAGAGCCUGGAGCUGAAGGACAUCUUCAUUGCGGUGAAGACCACGAGGAAGUACCACCGCAGCCGGCUGGACUUGCUCCUGCAAACCUGGAUUUCCCGGGCGAGGGGACAGACCUUUAUAUUCACAGACUGGGAGGAUCGAGAGCUACGCCUGAAGGCAGGGGAUCAUAUGAUCAACACCAACUGCUCUGCUGUCCAUACCCGGCAAGCUCUCUGCUGCAAGAUGUCUGUGGAAUACGAUAAAUUCCUGGAAUCUGGGCAAAAAUGGUUUUGCCAUGUGGACGAUGACAACUAUGUGAACCCUCGGACCCUCCUGCGUCUCUUAUCAGCCUUCUCACACAGCCAGGAUGUCUAUGUGGGGCGACCUAGUCUGGACCAUCCCAUAGAAGCAGCUGACCAUGUCCAAAGUGAUGGAUCAAAGACAACCGUGAAAUUCUGGUUUGCCACCGGUGGGGCAGGAUUCUGUAUCAGCAGAGGUCUUGCCCUGAAAAUGAGUCCCUGGGCCAGCCUGGGUAACUUCAUCAGCACUGCAGAACGAGUGCGUCUUCCUGAUGACUGCACUAUUGGCUACAUCAUCGAAGGGCUGCUGGAGGUAAAGUUGCUGCACAGCCCAUUGUUCCAUUCCCAUCUGGAAAAUCUACAGAGACUACAAGGCGAGUCUGUACUGCAGCAGGUAACCCUAAGUUAUGGAGACCCUGAGAACAAACACAAUGUUGUGAGUGUGGGAGGAGCCUUUGGCCUUCAGCAAGAUCCAACCCGGUUUAAAUCCGUCCACUGUCUGCUCUAUCCUGACACUAUUUGGUGUCCUGUCAAGAAGAUGUCAUAAUUAACCAGUUGUUGGCACCUGCAUGAGACAGGAGUUGUGGUGUACUUCUUUGAUGCUUUUCUUUUUCCUCCUUCUGGGAGACAACCAAGAGGUAUCUCCAAAGGAGGUAGCCAGAUGCUUAUUUACAGAACCAAGAAGGUGUGGUUUGUUCAGCUGCAGCCUGGGACAUUCCAAGAAGAAUCCCUGUUCUUUUGUCUCAUGGCUCUAUGUAGAAGGACUAGAGUCAUGGGUGUACAAGUCACUUUACCCUUUUGUCUGAUGUCAUGUGAAUCUGUGCUUGGAGACAUCCUAGGCAAAGGCACAGUACUUGGAAUGAUAACAUUCUUACUACUGUUAGGGGCUUUUAGAGGCCAUUGUCUUGAAGCUGGAGUGCUAUAGCAGACUGUAGUCCCCAUGGUGACAAGAGAAGUGGAAGUUUUUACUUGUCUUUCUCGGGAACAGAACUCUUUAGGAGCUUCUGUGGCCUGCCACAUUAAAACUCCAGCUAUUGGCCGGAACAGGGUCUUUUUGAAACACCAAUAAUCCUGGAAUCAUGAGGGUAAACAAGGCUGAAAGCCUUUGUCAUGGGAAAACCCUGUGUAAGGAUAAGCUUGCACAGGACUGGAUAAGAGUUGCUUACAGUGUGCACUCUUCCCCUGUAAUCCGUGUGUACCUCCCAUGGAGGUGAUUAUCAGACUUGGCUCUCUUACCAGCUGAACUGUUGAUUGAGUUACCAGCAGUGGUUGUUUAUGAUGGUGGUCUGCCAGGUCCAAGGCUAUUCCCUUGAUAUUUGGUACUGAAGAACUAUUUGCCAGACUAGAUGGUAAUCAUUCCCCGUGCUUUGCCCACAGCAGAUUGUAUGAGCUAGAGCAUGCUCACAGGCUGAUGAAACAUGCCCUGUCUCUGAGGGAGGAGGAAUGCUAGAUAGCUGUAAUGCCCCAAGGAGACUUUUGAUGGUGUCAUUUGAGGACCUUUAAUUAUAUGACUGUGGUUUCUCCAUUUCAGAUAAUAUUUUUAUUACCUUAAGGUCUAGAUUGGUGUUUAUUUUUACUCCUUAAUGUUUCAGUAAACAGUUCAUGCAAUCAUGAAAAGGACACUGCCCACUCACACAAAGGCAGAAGUUCGGUGUUGUAGCAGUAUCACCUGCUGCUGCUUUUUCAAGAAAGUAAGCUUUGUUGUAAAAGUGGAAGAAAUAGGGGUCUAUAUGUUUACUCUUUGGUUAUCCCAGACUUUGGCCAGGUGCUACCUGACAUGAACAGCAUGAAAAAAUAUUUUGCCAAGCCAUAGUCUACUCUCAAACUCUUCAGAAAAUACUUGCUGUUUUCGUGCUAGAAUCUGAGGCUGAACUGAGGGCAGAAGGAUACAAUGACAUUGUCUAGCCCUGAAACUGUUACUAACAAACAGCUAGAAUGUGAAGCUUGCAAAAUUUUCAGGCUUCUAAAGAGCUGGGUUGAGCUGUACUGUGGACUUCAGCUAGCUGCUUAACUGCCUGUCAUUUGAAAAGUGCUAUAAUGUAGGCAAAUGCCUGCAGUGUAUUCAUGUAUGAAACUUAGCAGAGGUGUCAGCUUGCUGAAAUGCACUGUUCCCUAAACUCUGUUUUUUAAAAUAAACCUUUCAGCGUUUACCUGGGUGCAUUGUCCUCUGCAUUAUUGAAUUCCACUGAGGAGCAAACAAGCUGACUGCUACUUGCUGCAGUCCCACAGCUCAUUCUUAAAUUUCUGCUUUCCUUCAUGUGUGCUGAGGUGACCAUGAGGUCUGGCGAAAAGAAUGCUGCAGGGAAUUGGGUCAAAGUCCAGCUAGUAUGGUGGCUGUUCUGUAACAAGUAUGCCUGUUUUCUGUAAACAGGAGGUCUCAGAGAACAGCAGAUAGUGAUGUGUUCUACCUCUUAUUAGGUCUUCUGCUUACUAGACCUGAGGCAUCCUGUGGCUUAAUGAUUUGUCACUCAUAGCUCUGGAGAUUCUUAGUAUUUAUAAAAAUAUCUUUUUUCUUUUUUAAACAAACCCCAAACUAAACAAAACACUUGAGGUUCUUGUUGGUGACUUGUCAACCUGUAGCAGAAAGUUCUGACAUUUCAUGAGCUCCUGAUGAAGAUUUUGCCUUCAGAUGCCGAUUCUGAACUCUUCUGUUGGAGGUUUUCUUUCUUUUCCACUGGUAGCAGCCUCUUGGAAGACAUCACAGACAGGACAGCAUGGAUUGGAUAAUGAUUGUGGCAAACUGCAGUUCAAAAAUGACACCACUUUGUAUGGAUGGCAGCAAAACCAAGUAACAGAUGUUCCACUCUGCAGUCGCUGAUUACCCUGGACAAGGUGUGCCAAAGAGGCAGCACACUCUAAGCUGGAAGGGUGUUUAAUAAACUGAAGAAGGACCCCAUUCUCUUGCAUAGCAAUACAGAACUGUUCAAGCUUUCUUUUAAGGUUUCUUGUGUUGACAUUACACGAGGCUGUGUGGAAAUAUCAGGACGCAGCUUUUAAAAUCAAGCUACUGUUUCACACACAAAGUGAUUCUACAAAAUAAAUAUUUAAGUAUGUGUAAGGCUA